UCCAACACGACAACAUGACGACUUACACAGACAAGGGACCAAAGCCUGACAGCGGCAGAUUCGUGUGUUUUGACCAUGUUACUUUCUGGGUCGGUAACGCCAAGCAGGCAGCGAGUCAUUAUUGCGCCCGUAUGGGGUUUGAACCGUUUGCGUACAAAGGCUUGGAGACGGGUAGCCGUCAUGUUGCCAGUCAUGCUGUCAAACAGAAUAAGAUUGUGUUUGUCUUCCAGUCCAUGUUAGAGCCACAUAAGCCAGAAGACAUGGGCAAGCAUCUGGUCAAGCAUGGAGAUGGUGUCAAAGAUGUGGCCUUCCAAGUGGAGGACUUAGAUGCCAUAGUAAAGAGAGCCAAAGACAGAGGUGCUGUUGUGAAGAAGGAACCCUGGGAAGAGAGUGAUGAACACGGUAGCGUGCGAAUGGCGAUGGUACAGACAUACGGAGAUACCACUCACACGUUCAUAGACCGCGCAAACUACAACGGGCUGUUCCUGCCAGGUUACAAGAAACCCAUGUUUGAGGAUCCUCUUUUGUCCAAGCUACCAAAAGGAGGCUUGAAUUUUAUCGACCACAUAGUUGGCAACCAGCCAGACCAGGACAUGGUGUCUGUGGCAGAAUGGUAUGAGCGGAACUUGAUGUUUCAUCGUUUUUGGUCAGUGGACGAUUCACAGAUUCACACUGACUAUUCCUCACUUCGUUCCAUCGUUGUCACUAAUUAUGAAGAGACCAUUAAGAUGCCUAUUAACGAGCCAGCCAAUGGGAAGAGGAAGAGUCAAAUUCAGGAAUAUGUGGACUACUAUGGAGGCGCUGGUGUCCAGCACAUUGCCAUGAACACCGAUGACAUCAUCUCUGCUGUGACCAAUCUGCAGGCUCGAGGGCAGCACUUCCUGCAGGUGCCAAAGCGUUACUAUGACAACUUGAGAGAGAGGCUCAAACAUUCCAAAGUAGACGUUAAGGAAAACUUGGAUACAUUGGAGAAGUUGAGAAUCCUGGUGGAUUUUGAUGACAAUGGCUACCUGCUGCAGAUCUUCACUAAAAACAUGCAGGACCGUCCCACCCUCUUCCUGGAGGUGAUACAACGCCACAAUCACCAGGGUUUUGGAGCUGGAAAUUUCAAGUCCCUGUUUGAGGCCAUCGAAUACGAUCAGGCAGAGAGGGGUAACCUUUAACCUUGACCUUUCAACUCCCAUCAUGCUUUGCCAUGUCAAGGUCACACUGAAUAUAAUUAUUCCCAGAUUGUUUGCAAAGUGCUGUGAAAUUUCAUCGGUUGUAUUUUAAUCCAGACUAAUUUCUUGUUUCUUUCAGUUGGUAUUUGGUCUUCUUUCUUUUGGAUUUUAUUUACCCAAGACACUUUAUUUCAGUCCAGAUGUACAAAUAUGUCAGAAUACGUGUAUUUGUCAGUUGAGCCCAGAAUUACAGAAGUGAAUAUCUAGCAUAAUAUUUACUAGAAUUAUAAAAGUGUUGUUUAUUUUUUCUUUGUGUUACAAAAUCACCUUACAUAAAUGUACGGAGACAAGUAUUAACUUUACAUAUAAUUUUUAUGAGUGAAUCUCAAGGAAUUUUAUCUUUGUGUUUAAACUUUUUUAGAUACGGUGUUGGUAUCCUUGUUAUGUUUUUGAGAGACGGACAUUUAGUGGAGUUUUUCUUUGAUGAGCCCAUUUAUCAGAUUUGCCAUGACUAGUCACAUUCAGAUAAACAUGAAUUAUUUAGUUUUAAUAACAAGUCAGAGGUAAUUGUUGGUGUAAAUAAAAAAAUCAGCAUAAUGGAUUCCAAGAUUAUUUAAAACUGAAAAUUUGGAUUUGCAUAAUAAUGUCAUGUGAUAAAAAAGUUUCUGGUAAGCUCAUGAAGCCGGCCCUUGGUCAUUUUCAUUUCAUUUAUUUUUAUUUUGUUGCGUUUUUUUUUUUUUUGAUCAUGCAAUCACGAGAUUUUGAUGUCAACAUUGAGUUGAAAAUGUGAAAUCGGAUGUUUUUUUUGAUUGGUAUAAAAAGGUGAUAAAAAAAAAUUUCUGGUCAGUGGGAAAAAUAAUGUAUGAAACUGAAAGAGUGACUUAAAUGUAUGUUUCCACAUCAAAAGUAAUAUGUUAUGACCUUUAUUUGUCUGUAAUGUAGUUUUAGGAGCAGAUUUUUUGGACAAAUACAGUGCAUGUGUGUAACAUUUGAACUGGGAUCACCUCUAUAGAGGCAAAUCGUUAAAGUGUUCAGCCUUUUAUUUAAUAUAUGUGAGUUUCAUCGAUCUUUUACUUGAAUGUGCAAAAAGUAUCGGCUAAAAAAGAAAUUUGAACAAAUUUAUUGUAAGGGAUCUAUUCCAUUGUUUUGGCAUUAAUUAUUUUCUGAUGGUGACAUUGCUGGACGACAGAAAAUUUUCUCUGCUCAAAUCUCAGUUUGAAUGCAUUUGUUUGUUUUUUUUUUGGUGU